AUGCGUGAUCAAGGGUAUUUUUUGACUCCUUUCGACCUGAGGGAGAACCUUUGCGGUCCAGAAAAAGACACGCUCGUCUCGCAUGAACGUCCAAGACUCCACCAGCGCUCAGCAGAGCGCUGUUGCAGCGCAGCGGUUGCGACUGGUGUCGUGGCGCGUGUUGCCCAGCCAGCCAGCUCGCCAGCCGGAGCUUGGCGCCAGCCUCGGAGGAACCCAGUUGGGGACAGAGCGCGCUCUGCUGCAGUCGAACGCGCUUCGAGGACGGUCAGAGUCCGCUGGACAUGCGUACACCAGCUCCGUAUACAAAUCCUGGGUGCCUCCUCCGACCCUUGGUACAGAAUGGCCACGAAGGAAGCCAGUGCCGGGGCGCGUCCGGUCAGCGGGCCAGCGUCUGGAUCAACACGGCCUCCGCAGGCGGACUUGGGACACGUCUCGGAAGCCGCGUCAGCUUCAGGACCAAGACGCGAUGGAACGCUGCUGCAGUCCGGUGAAAAUAGUUCGGCUGUGUCGUCUGAGAAGGUCUCCAAACCGUCUUCGGCACUGGCGGUGGGUGCUUUCCUCAUUUUCGGAGCGUAUGCAGCUGGUGUCGUUGGCUUUCGAUACUCUCGCUUCGCGGUUGGCAAAGAAAUCCAUCGAGGUUGGGGAAACUAUCAGCGUUACUCACGGGAGCGUUUGGAGCGCGAGAUUCUCGAACGUCUGCAACGGGCAGCCCAACACAACUGGGCGGAGAAGGAAGCGCGUCGCCGAGAAGCGUUCAUGGCCGCAGAAGAACGGGCUCGGCGCGAGCUCUUUCGCCGAUACCUCGAGUGGGAGCGGCGUUUCCGCGGAGGAGUCCAGUCCGAAGCCUUUUCGAGAGAGGAGCAGCCGGAGACGCCACCUCGCGCAGCACCUGGCACGCACUAUGCAACACUCGGUGUCUCGCCGAGCGCAACUAGCAGCGAAAUUCGCAAAGCCUACCUGGAACGAGCCAAAGCGCUGCACCCCGACUCGCAGCACAGUACGCUCCGUGAGGCUGUCCAGGGUUCGGCGGACGCGGAUAGGAAGCGGCCACUGACGGCGGAGGAGCGGCAUUCGGCGUUUCAAAAAGUUGUCGAGGCUUACCAAGUCCUGAGCAAUCCAGAGUCGCGGCGGAAGUACGACUCGGAUGUGCUCAGUUCGUGGCGGCGCUGA